AUGGAAAGCAACGAUUCGAUGUUUAACCGCAAUUCUUUUCAAUAUAAGAACUUAGAUUCAUUUCAACAGCGAUACUACGAAGAAAUGUCAUACGCUUUUCCUGAUUCACAACAUAGUACUUCAAAUGCUUUUCCUGAUUCACAAUAUGAUACUUCAAACGUUUUUCCUGAUUCACAAUAUGGUACUUCAAAUAUGAAUUAUGCAACAACGGAAUUAGGUGGCAUGCAAACAAAUCAAGAAUACUUCACGAAUUCGUAUCAGCAAUCGUACUACGAUGAAGCACAAUCGUCAAGCAUGCUUCCUUGUUCACAGUGUAUUGCUCCCAAUCUGCAAUUGCCUGUAACAGGUUAUAAUGAUUUGCGAGAAGAUCAAGAAAUAUUAACGAAUACAGGUUACUAUCAGCCUCAACACUUUAAUGCACAACACAUGCCAAACCAAUCUCUUUGCCUACAAUAUGGCACUCCAAAUUUUUAUGCAGCAACAUUAUCGGAUAAUAAGCGAACAAAUCAAGAAAUUAUAAUGAAUAUGGAUUCUCAGCAAUGCUAUGAUGAACAAAAGAUGCGAAACUCAUCUAACAUACAAUAUAUUAAUCAAAAUCUGUACACAUUAGCUGAAUUGCAAGGAAAUCAAGUUUUAACGAACUUUGGAUUUUCUCCGCCACCUUUCACAUUUUCUGGACAACAAACAAUAUAUAAGGAAGAAGAAAUAACAAAUCCAUCGAAUGAGGGCAUCGAUGUAUGGUCAACCGAAAGCUAUAAUAAUCAAAUAUCGAAUUUUUCAAAAAAUGAAAAAAUUGAAAUUAAAUCGGAAAAUGCAAACGGUGAAACGUAUCCGAGCGAUACAAAUAUUUUACCUCAGUCAAACGAGCGACGAAGACGAACCAAAACCAAAACAACUUCAUCGAAUUUAAUUCUCGAGAAAGGUACGUUUCUCUUUCUCCGUAAAGAUUUGGAACAGAAAGAUGAUCGAUUUCUUUAUCGAGUCGAAAAUCGUUGGCUAAUUGCAAAAUAUUCACUGGUCGACAAAAUUGACGACAAUCUAAUCUAUCAAAAAACAUUUCGAAUGAGAUGCGGUAUAACUGAUCGGAAUCAAUAUCAAAUUGCUUCAAACGUCAAAACUUUAUCAAAUUAUCGAGUGCAAGUCGCUCAACCAAAUUAUUUAGCUGUACUCCAAGGCGAAGAACACGAACAAAUUGAACAACACGUACAAAAUACAAUUGAAACGCUUCAAAGUGAGCCACAGCCUAAACGAAAAUAUGUUCGAAAACGUGAUGAAUCCACAAUUCCUCGUGCUUCUCCAACGAUCAUUGACGACAGAAUUACAUCGUUCAAAGAUAAGCCAAUUAAAGUGGAAUCGCUACUACAAGUGGAAUCAGGCGAUUUUUUGGAAAAUAAGCAAUCAUCGGUCACAGAUCUAAGCGAAACUCAGCAAUACGCAUUCUGUACGCAAAUAACGCAAAAAAAAGCGAUCGAAGAAGAUAUUUCGCGUUAA